UUAAAAGUUUUUUCAAAAAUUAGAUCUCUUUGAAAUAUGAAGCCAAACUUAAAUCUAUAUCGACGAUAUUGUUCAGAAUACUAGCCUUGAAAAAGAAACAAGUCGUUUCGAAACGUCGGCGUUGUAUUGAAGAACAAUAAAUAAAAUUAGUCCAAGAAUCCCAAUAUUCUUUCAUUUCAUCUAACUAAAUGGACGAUAACCUAAGAACAAUUAAUCAAGCCAGGGGUUUCUUCCAGACGAUAAGAGAUCAAAUGGGCACACACGUGUGUAAUACGUGCAAAUUAUUUUUGACAUCACGGGUAAAACUGGCAUCACUAUACAACCGAAGAAUAUUCCUGUUAGGCUGCCGCAGCAAUCGUGUAUUCCCAAACCACAUAAUAAACAACAUAAAACAAAUUCUAUCACUACAAAUCGACGAACAUCCAUACAGGAGUAAUGUAGACCUGAUCAUGAAGACAUUCCGAAAAUCAGUCCUAAACGUUGAGAUCAAGAUAACCGCCUGGAAGAUCAGACAGUUUGAAGGAAGAAUACAAAGACUCCGAGACCAGCUUACCACUACAAUCGACAACUCAACAUACGAAACACUUGUUGACAUUGCUAACACCAGAUUCAGAAGAGAAUUCAGUAACAUAAAAUCCAAAAAUGUCAACAAACUCAAGACUCUCAAGAACCAACAGAUUCCCCCUCUGCCCAUCACAACAUGUGACAAAUACAUAGCCAACUACACGAAUAUUACUAUAUCUAAUGAAGUGAAGACGAUACUUGGAUUAGGCCCCAAAUUUGGCCUACCACCCAAACAUAUACCAAUGGAAACCAUCAUAAAAGACAUAGAGAGCUUCAUUAAAGUUCAACCAAUAACCGAAGAGGAGAAAAACACAUAUAGAUCCAAAUCCGUCAACAUUGUCAGUAAUUAUAAAAAAAGGGAGAGACACACAAGAAGAAAUAACACAAUGGACAAAUAUUUGAAGGAUACAACCAAAUUCAUACGAGAACACCAAGACAUCACCAUUAGUAGAGCAGACAAAGGUGGUGCAACAGUACUUAUGUACAAAGAGGAAUAUCAGUCCGGAGUAGAGAAGAUGUUGAGUGAUGAGAAUACCUACGAAAGACUACAAUCAGACCCAACUCCAAAAAUCCAGAGACACACCAACAAGUACAUCAAAACACUUAAAGAUGAAAACUAUAUAACAGAGACUGAAUACAAACAUCUAAUUAGACACAACAGCAUAGCACCUAAAUUAUACUGCCUACGUAAAGUCCACAAGAACACCCUCAGCUUGAGACCCAUCGUUAGCUGCAUUAAGUCCCCCACUUACAAAACAUAG